AUGAUAUCUAUUUAUAAGAUUUCCAUUAUAGAUUUUCAUAGUUUCUCUGUUGGCAAACAAUUGAGUAUUCUCCCGACCGGAUUCCUUUGGACCCACUCAUGGACGAGGAAACUUUUGACACAGGAGUCCGUAUCAAAGAAGAGCCUAGCAAAGGCAUCACCGAAGAUAUAUUUGCAAGUUAAGGAAGAAUCGUAUGAUUAUGAAGAUGAAGCAGGGGAUGACAUGAGCAAAGUGGAAGAGAAACAUGAAUUUCUUUCCAUUAAGGAUCCUCAAAGCUUUAGACGUGAAGGAAAUGAAAAAGACUCACGCGAUGUUGAGGACUGCAACACCUUGGCUGAAGAAAAGAUGAAAAAAUGCUCAUCAGAGGAGGAUCAGACAAAAUGUAAAGAAAGUCAUACAGAGGUUACACACAGAAAAGCAGCAAGGAAAGUGAGGCGUUUUUUAUGUGAAGUGUGUGGCAAGACAUUCUGUAAUAAGACAGAUAUAAAGAUUCAUAUGAGAGUACACACAAAGGAGAAGCCAUACAGUUGUGAUAUUUGUAACAAAGCUUUCGCAACAAAGAGCUGCUAUGUGCUUCACAUAAGAGUACACACAAAAGAGAAGCCAUACAAGUGUGAAUUCUGCAGCAAAGCUUUCUCACGGACAAGUGACCAAGUCAGACACAAAAGAAUACACACAAAGGAAAAGCCGUACAGCUGUAUUAUUUGCAACCAAGCCUUCACACAGAAAAGUGCUCUAGUUAAGCACAUGAGAACACAUACAAAUGAGAAACCUUACAGCUGUGAGAUUUGCAAUAAAGACUUCGCAGAUAAAUCUCACUUAAACCAACACAUGAGAGUACAUACAAAGGAAAAGCCAUACAUUUGUGAGAUUUGCGAUAAGGCUUUUGCACAGCAUAGUUCCCGAGUGAUGCACAUGAGAGUACAUACAGAGGAGAAGCCAUACGUCUGUCAGGUUUGCAAUAAAGCCUUCUCACGGAAUAGUUCCCGAGUGAGACACAUGGAAGUACAUACAAACGAGAAGCCAUACAUUUGUGAGAUUUGCGAUAAGGCAUUUGCACAGAAUAGAUCCCGAGUGAUGCACAUGAAAACACAUACAAACGAGAAGCCAUACGUCUGUCAGGUUUGCAAUAAAGCCUUCUCACGGAAUAGUUCCCGAGUGAGACACAUGGAAGUACAUACAAACGAGAAGCCAUACAUUUGCAAUAUUUGCAACAAGGCAUUUGCACACGACUGUUCCCGAGUGAGACACAUGAAGGUACAUACGAAGGAGAAACAGCUGUGACAUUUGCAACAGAGCUCUCUCACAGAAAAUUUAUUCAGUAAAGCACAUUCGAAUACAUAGAAAGAAGACACAAUACAGUCAUUGAUGUUGAGGUCAUCAGAUGAUUGCAAGUGUUGCAACUUCUAUCGUGAUUUUGUUAUUACAAUUACAGGAAGAAACGUCAUGCACUUCAUGUGAAAUACGAUAUAAGAUCUGAAUUAACGGGUGAAUGGAAGUGGAUCCAAGAAAAGAAUUUUGAUACACGCAUAAACACAAACAUAUUUGCUUCUAUGUAUCUAUUUAUUGGGACUGAGACCCGAAAUAGGGGAUUGCCCUACCUCAGGCCUCAGCCCUCGCCUCAACCAAUUUUGCAUGAUCUCUUCUUUUACUUCUUCCUUUUCCUAGUCUUCCCCAACUCCAUCCCCCGUCCAAUUCCUUAGGUGUGAGAGUCGUGAGGACGAAAGGCUGACUUUGAGCCAGUCAUGAACAGCCUCAGAAAGCCACAGGCGCUGUAUUCCCUUGGUUAAAUGUCUAUUCCUUACUUCUCGUGAGGGCUGUUGUGUGCUGUGCUGGCGCAGCGGUAAGG